AUGUCUUCUUCUAGUGGUUUUUCUCCUGCCAUUGAAAACUCACAACCUACUAGAUGCUACUGUGGGAUGCAAAUUGCGAUGAUGAGGUCUUGGACCCCCAAAAAUCCUGGGCGUAGGUUCAUGGCUUGUAAAUUAUAUGACAUUGAAAGUGGAAGAAGCGGUUGCUCGUUCUUCAGGUGGAUUGAUGCCGAUCAAGUAGAGUGGCAAAGGGUAACUAUUAAUGAGUUGGUGGAGGCGAAGAAGGAACUGAGGAAUGAAGUGAAUGUGCUGAGGAGUCGGUUGAGUAGGUCGGAGUUUGAGAAAUCAUGUCUUGUUGCUGAGUUCGGAUCAGAGCUUGCGAAAGCUGCUGCCAAGGUUGCUGGUGACGGAUUUGACGGUUGA